GAUACGUAUCAUGGCGUCGUAACACCGAAUCUCAAGAUCCGAUAACGAACCUUGGAAUUCCAAGUUUCGGUGCUCGGAUUUCGAAAUCUGGCGGAUAACAAGAUUCGGUGCAACAUGGGGCAUAGCCACCGGUUCUGGGAUAGUAUCAAUCGCGACCCUUGACCUUGUUUUUAGGAUUCGAUGGUCGAGGUUUUGCGAUGGUCGUGCAUGCAAAUUAUGUGAGCCGCAUGACCUCUGGAUGCAAAGUUGACAUCAUGGCGGCGAUUUACACGGCACUUACAUGUAUUCUGUUAACAUCCUUGGGAUUUAGUGUGGCAGCAGACAACAUAUGCCCAGCAAUUUCGGUGAACAAUAUUCGCAGUCCUUUUGGUGCAGUGAACUACAUUCAACAAGGUUUAUGGCACCAAAUUCCUUGCCCACCAUUUCGUUCUGGCGAGCCCAUUGAUCGGGUCGUCUGGUUCAAGCAGGAUAGUCCCACGACAACAUCCCGCCUGAUCAGCUACAUAGAUAACACAGACUACCCAGAGAGCGACAGCUACGCUUUCGGGACGUCCGGUUUCAGCCUCGUCAUCAAAGGUAUCAAGGAGAGUGAUGAAGGAAGGUACCUGUGUCAAGUCAUACCACGUGACACUACAGACAGAACUGGGGUAGUCGACAUCCAAGUUCUAGACGAAACCUUUCCAGGAGGCAGUAGUCAGGCAUCUUCCACAGCUAGUUUCCAGCGAGGGCGCAGACAGACGCUACAGUGUGAGUGCGCGUCACAGACACCAGACGUAGUGUAUUGGUCAACGGGAGAGGGCGUCACUACAGAUACACAGAUCAUUGGUGCACGUUUCUCUGAUGGCACUACCCUGCAGGUCCAACAUGGCGCCGAUUACAGCAUUGGUAGCGACGCUUCACUAGCAGUCAACUCCCUGAAUGACAUACAAGAUACACAGAAAUUCUGGUGUCACGUGUUCCAGUUAGAUGGCACCCUCAGAAAUUGCGACACAAAUGCCAAGAUAUCAGGUAAUGUCAAAGAUGAGCUGGAAUCAGCUAGUGAUGCACUGAAGGCCUCAGAAAGAUCUUUCUACCUGCAAAAAGACAUGCAGCAGAUACUCCCUUGCCUGAGCUGGACACCUGGCGACACAGCUUGUGAGGUGGAGUGGAGUAAGCUCGACAACCCAGAUCGACAAGUCCUCAGUUACAACCUGUCGACUGGUGUCGUCGAUGCUAGUCCUGAAUUCGAUCUCGUAACUGACUUUGGUUUGGUGAUUCAGUCAGUUGAUGAUGACCAUGCUGGAGUGUAUCGAUGUGCUGUGGGAGAUGAAAACCAGAUAGAUGUUGAAGUACGAGUGAUAGGGGAUCGCUUUCCAUUGGACGACGGCACCGCUACAGAAGGUGACAGUGUGACCUUUAAUCCUAAAACUAGAUUUUCUCUUCAAUGUCCGGCGCUCUCUGUAGACAUCUCAUUGACACGCAAAGCCACUUUGUUCUGGUCCUUUGGGGCCACUGAUGAAGAGUCUACCACUGUGAUUGGCACACUGAAUCUACCAGAUGGUCCCAUAAAGAUGGCUGAUCUGGGAAAGAACUGCCUCGGCAUAUCAAUGGAAGGCGCUCUGCUCCUUAACAACUGUUCCCAAGAUGGUGACGUAAGGUACUGGUGUGUUGUCUUCCCAGCGAAUGACGAUCUGAUCCGGUCAUACGUGGAUGUUUUGAUAGGGGAUUCAAACGGUGAUCCCGAAUCGCCCAAUGUCGUCGCCAUCAUUGUUUGCGUGCCUUUAUUCGUCGUCGUUCUUCUUGGAAUUGUUCUUUUCCUGGUGCGGAAGCGGCGUCGACGAUAUUCGCAUAACAGAAAAGACAAUGAAAGAGGUGACUACAAACGGCAUAAAAAAGAGCCAGCUAAACAUUUUAAGAGGCUUGCCAAGAAAAUCAAACAGUUUGUGAUCAGCAAAAUGGGUAGAAUACCUAUUACUCCAUGGGUUGCCCGGGACGAUGUUUGCUUUGCACCAAUAGAUACAGUCUACAGACCCUUAGAGAUGUUCGCCAAUGUCUCCCACAGAGGUAACACUGUACAAUAUCAAUUAGACUCAGAGUCUAGUAUCUUUGAUGAUGGUAUUCCAGAAUUGGCCAGUAAGCAUGCUAUAAUACAAGGCAGACGGGGUUGUGGUAAGACUACGCUUUUGUACAGACUGAUACACGACUGGGCCAAGGGAAAGGAACGUGCACUAUGGGGUAGUGAUCAGAUAGUUGUUCUUGUCCCAGCUUGGUUGCUUAUUAAAGCUAAAACCAUCGGUGAAGCAGUCAUUGAAUGCAUGCUUCUGAAAGACGCAAACAUUUCGGCCGAAUCGAUUUAUGCACACUUCGCACGAGACAAAAGCAACCUGACAGUUUUGGUUGAUGACUGUAAUGACAAGGACGACAUCGACGCUGUCAUAAAAGUAAUGACAGACAAUGAAUUUCUUGGCAGCUGUCAUUUAGUUUUGACGACUAGGAACACAGAGCUGGCAAAAAGUACGUCACGAAAAUAUAACAUGCGCCAUGUCACCAUUACCGGCUUUACGCUCAAAAAUGCUGUCGAAUACAUCAAUGUAGUUUUGGAUGCUGCUCAAGGGAGAGAGGAAUCUACACCUGAGCACAAAGUGGUCAAGAGUGAAGCUGAAACGAAAUCAGCUUCCACUAUGGACACACAAAUCGAACAACAUCUGGUAGACACCGAACAGUCAACUCUUCAAGAAACUAAGGAAAGCACUGCCACUGACGAAAAUGUUGAGAAGAUAGAAGAAACCAAAACAACUACACGAAAGAAGAAACGAAACCUUCAUCGCUAUCUAGAACAGGACAUUCUACAACCGGAUCUUUCUUGUCUCCCAGCUGUCUUGGUAGCUCUCUGUCAGAUGUCAAUCUGGACAAAAGGUGAUGCUUUCAAACCUGACGUUACCAUGACAAAUUUGUUCUUCAGAUUGGUCAAGUGCAUGUUCGAUAGGGUGAAAGGUGUGGAAGUAGGUGUCACUGAAGGAAGACAACUCAGUCUUCUCACGGAAGACCAAGUGAACGUACUGGAAGAGCUUGGUAGAGUAGCAUAUCAAAGACUGGUUGGCGGUGAUACAAAUUGUGCAGACUUUCCGAAAGAGGACUUUUUGAGUUUAACAGCGAAAGGAGAGAACAUCUUAGAAGUCGCAAUAAAACUUGGACUUCUUUGUCCGUUGCAGGUUGGGUCCAAAAUUAAAUCUACGGAACAUUGUACUGAGACAGUUUCCUCUGAGGUAUCAGAAGUGGAGAUACGGACAGGGUGUCUUUGUUGUAAGCGGAAGCAAAAGCAACAAAAUGGGACUGAACGAGAAAACUUGCGGCCGGAUACAGAACUCACUCCCCUGACGAGCCCUAAGGAUGAAAAGGUUUGUUUUGUCUAUGAGAUUCUUGAACAGCUUUGCGUCGGCGUGUUCUUGCCUCAGACUACAGGAAAAAUGAAAAAAUGGGUCGAUGGCAUCUCAAACAUUGGCCACACGGAGAUCCUCCAGAGGUUUUCAAAUGUAUUUCAGUUCGCCAUCCAAGAUAAUCAAUUUGACAGAGAAGCUAUUGUUGAUUACUGUGCAAAGAUCGUCAACAGGGAAUACAGUCAGGUCAGGCCCCCCCAUGUUGUGUUGCAAUUGCAGAAGUUCGCAGAGUUGUGUCUCCAGCUGAAUUUCGAAGGGCAAUGGGAGGGCGCCUUGAACAAGAGGCUGAAAUCGAUCUUUCCUGAUGGGAGGGUCCGCUUACUUGGGAUAUCGAGUUACAAACUGCGUCUGUUGACAUACCUACUCGAACAUGCUCAGCCAGAAGAUAAGAACCAGUUGGAUGUGAAGUCGGUGGAAUUGUUACGAAUUGGUCGAUAUGACUGGUCUGAGCUUCAAGAAUACAUUGAAUAUUUUAUUUCCGAAAAAAAGGGACAAGAGAAGAAGAAAAAAGUGGAAAAAAAAAUCGAAGACAGUCGGCCAUCUUCACGUGGAAUUCACCAGGGAACGGUCCCAGCAUCACAGGAGGGCAUCAAGAAACUCCCUGAGCAUCAAUCACCAGUAACUCAUUCACCAGAAUCUGUAGAAGAUAAUGCAGCACAGCAGAAGGUCAUAUCCAACAAAACUGAGCCUCGGCCCGAAGCAGGCUCAGAAAAUCAACCAAUAUCCGAACCUGGCCAAACAACAGCCACAUAUCCACGAAACGACAUGGAGAUUUCUUUCGUGAACAGAACCCAACAAACCGAUCAAUCCCAAUGCAACACCCAACAACCUUCACUUUCCAAUCAACAUGUCGAUAAUGAGCAAAAGCCUGUCGCAACCUUCCCAGGAACCGAUAUGAAAAAUAAACCAAAAACAAAAGUCCAACAAUCUUCAGUUUCAGAUGCAAAGGUUGAACACGAGAAAGCUCCUGCAUUCAAACCUCAAGUGCAUCUUGGAAAUGCACCGGAAACACAUCAAACUGACAAAAGACAUUCAACCGACAUUGAAAUCCGUCAGCUAAGUGCAGUUCAGCCAAGUGCGGUCGGUGAGCCACUUCAAGAUCCCGAAGAAGGGGGGAAAAAAUCUGAAGAUUUAUCGCUUUCAGAAACCGGGGUGGAUACCUCACCAAGUGAGGAUGGUCGUAAUGAAGAUGAAUUUAUAGAGUGGUCAGUAAAUGUGGCAGUUGAAUCGUGUGAUAUAGUUGAUAUGGAGGAGAAGAAACUUGCCGUACUAAAACUGCGUAAGAGAAUAGAAUCCAGCAACCAAGACAUGCCUAAGUUUCCUCCUGACGAGUCAGACAUCAGUGUCCUCCAUAUUGUGCAGUCUUUUGGUCUACAGGAGCUCUUAGAGUCACAGGCGGGGGAGUGCUACUCAUCGGGAGCAGCAAGAGACUUGGCUCGCUACCUUCCUCGUCUGGGAAUGCUGAAGCGUCUGGUUUUGGUUGGGACGAUUCUGAGUUCAGACGCUAUUUGUGACUUGGCAAAAAGUGCUCACAAACUCCCAAACUUGAAAAAGCUGGAUCUCCGUCUGAAUAAGCGAUUCGAUGACAGAACCUUCGUGGCGGUAACAAAUUUACUGUUACGUCAGUGCAGAAAAUUGACGGAUCUCAGACUGUCUCUGUACAGAGUAACUAUUAAAGGGUUUGAUGAGGUUCAGACGGAAAUGAAGGGUGGGGAGUUCUCGUGGGGAAGAUUGAAGACACUGUAUCUGCUGCAUGGAUCACCUGCUGAGACGUUUGUAGGAUUCCUCAGCAACAGCUUAUCAUACUUCCAUUCUGUUAAAUGUUUUCAUCUCUCAGCCACUUGUAAAAGUGAAAAAAUACAUGACAACAUUCAGGGGGAAUUCGAUCAAAAUAUGACAAAUCCGAAAAUCAUGCCACACCUUGAAGACCUCAAUAUCGGCAACAUGGAGACACUGAAGGCAAGACUGGCGUCCUUAAAACUCCCUAAGAAGGAGAAGGGAUCCGUCAUCUCGAAUUUGUUUGGGACAACCGUCACUGACCCGGGGAAAAAGACAACAAGCGGGAUGGCAGAGUCAGUAGCAUACACGCUAGGUGGAGCUGCGGUGUGUGCCGGAGCCACGGCUGCAAUGUCGAUGCCCGUAGAUGACAAUCACUUUAGUACAUGAAUAUUCAAGUGAAUUCUUGGACGGUGAUGAAGAUUUUGAACAUUGCAUGGCACUCUUGCCUUAAUAAUCGGUGUCACGAACGGGAAUAUUCACAGGAACAAAAUAUCCGUAUAUAUACAUCUACAUGAGAUUUCGUUGAAGUGAAGGACAUAAUGGCACGAAUUAAUGUUAUAAUUUCCCACUAAAAACAUUACAUUUAAAACUGAUAAUUUCAAAGAUCUUUCAAAAGAAUACGUUAGGAAGUUGAUUUACCAAUUAUGUAAUCUAUGAGCACUGAUAUGCCAUUUGGAUGCCUUUUCUUAAUGUAGCUUGAAGGUUUCCAAUGUAAAAAAUUUUAGAACUAAAGAAUUAUUGGACUAAAAAUAAAUAAAAACAUAGAAAUCGUAAAAUAAAUUACAAAACCAUUAAUGUAACCUAUCAGCACUAUUUUUUUUAAAUUAACGUAGCUGGAAGGUUUGCAAGGUCAAACAUUCUGAGGACUAAACAAUAAACAAUAAACAAUAAACAAUAAACAUCUUAAGGUACAUUAUAAAUCGACAGCAUAUAUAUAGCUUCGUCCGAGUCCUUGUAAAUAUUUUGAUGUCUUAAACAUUUCGCUCUUUCGGAUGCUUUAAUAAUGGACCUUUUGAUUUUUUUAAUGGACUUGCAGUGCUUGAACUAAAAAUAAAAUGCUCUUCUGACUCGUGCAACUAAUAUUUUCUUGGGUCGUUAAUCCUUGGAUUGAAAUUUUCAGCCUUAAUUAUAUUUGAUUAUAUCUACAGUCAAAUAAUAAAAUAUUUAAUGUGUAUUUGAAAUUAUCUUUUAAUUGCUAAUAUAUGUGGAGAUUGUCCAUUAUUGGAGCAAACGAAAGUUUGUCAAUGCUUAAAAACUAAAUCAAAGUUCAAUUUCAAAAUAUAAUUUCAGUUACAAGCAGCUGCCAAACUCAAUGACUCCGACUCAAAGUUGAAGUAUUUAAAUGAAUUACAGUGUUUAUACAAUGUACCAAAACGUUUAUAAUGUGUUAAAAAGUUGAAGACUAGUUUUAGAGUAUUUUCAUGGUACCAAUAACAACACUCGGCACUCCAUGAUUACGAAACUAAACGUUCGUUGAUUGCUGAAAGAAACACUAAACUACAUAUGUGGAUGUAGCAUGUAUUUAGCAUUAAAAAUGUGUACAGAGGAUCUCAGAAAAUAGAGCCUUAGAAGAUAGAGUAAUGCUUGAAGAAUGGACAAAAAUGGUAUGUAAAUAAGCAAAACAAAAGAUGGUUUAUCCAUAAUUUCCUGGGUGUUCUGAAUUUGUGAAUGCCAAACGGCAUACUGCUGCGUAAGAAAAAUUUGGCAAAUAAUGAGUUAAUUGUUUACUGCUUCAAGUGUUUCUUGAAUCUCCCGAUAGAUGAAUUUUUUUUCAAAGGGCACUUUUUUAAACUUUACUAUGAUGUUCCAUAGUUUUCCCGGCAUGCUAAUAUAAACCGGAUGUCGCAGGUUCAUACGCCGCUCCAAGCACUUUAUUUGUCUAAUUAUAUACAGCAACUUCUCCUUGGCAGUAUAUUUGACGAUUUGUUAUCAAAACUACUUUCAAACGCCAUUUCCUCACUUCAUACAAGUAACCGGCUUGGCGUGUCGGUUACUUGGGCCAGGCUCGAGUAAGCGCAAGAACUCACGUGAGAGGUAAAUCGAACGCUGUCGCGCUUGCAUGAGUAAGCGCGGGGGAUCUAAUUGAAUGUACGUUCUAUACAUCUUGUGUUUGGCCGCAGUUCAUUCGUGUGGCGUCCCCCAUAAUCUUCCGAGUAGCUUUCAAAAUACCAUUCUGAAGCAGUCCGAUACCAACUACCAACUACCCGUAAAGAUCGCGUUAGCUGCGCAUGCAUCGUGAGUGACAUGAUAGGGUAAACUGUAACUGUAAACUGUAACUGUAAGAGGACCUCCUUAAUGCCCCAUGGGAACAUGUCCUUAAUUGUUAUGAUGUAAAUGAAGCAUGGUCCAUGUGGCACUCUUUGUUUAUGAGUAUUAUUAACCACCAUGCACCAUUGAAAUCAAAGUGUAUUCGUGGUGCAUCGUUGCCUUGGCUCGAUGGGGAAAUUCUAAAACUUAUGCGACAGCGAGAUCAUGCAAACAAAGUAGCUAGACGUUCAGACUCACAUAAUGAUUGGAACGCAUACAAAACGCUGCGAAAACAUGACCACUGAUAAAAUCCGCAGCAAGAAAAGCGAACACUUUCAAUCACCUAUCGAGGAAAAUAAAGGCAACAGUACUCUUCCGUUCUGUGGAAAAAAAACUAAAAGAGGUUCUCCCCAAUAAACAGAAAAGUAUUCCAAGGUCUAUUUUUUCCCAGAAUGGGGAAUUCGUUGACGAUCUCACCGACAUUGCUGAUACUUUUAACGAACAUUUCUCAACAAUCGGAACACGUAUGGCCAGUAAUGCCCCUCCAUGUGAACUCAAAGUGGACAACAAUAUCAACCCCUUUGAUACAGAUUAACUUGAUGAAAAGUGCUUACUGCCUGAGAUUACUGCAGACUAUGUUCAAAAGCAAAUAUCAUCAAUGUUGGUCGGAAAAGCAACAGGUCCAGAUGGAAUAAGUGUGAAAAUGAUUAAAAUAGCGUCUCUGUACAUAACUAAAUCAUUAACCCACAUCUUCAACCUCUCGAUAAGAUGCGAACAAUACCCCAAUGAGUGGAAACACGCCCUGGUUACGCCUAUUCACAAGGGUGGAGACAAGUGUAAUACAACUAACUAUCGGCCUAUCUCAAUACUGCCGAUUGUCUCUAAGAUUCUGGAAAGAUGGAUACACUCAGCAGUGUACUCUCACCUUGAUGAAGGUGGUCUGAUUCCUUGUUGUCAGUCAAGGUUUAGGCCCUCACACUCAACUGAAAUUACCUUACAUGAUUUAACAAACAAAUGUUUUCAGGCUAUGGAGCGUGGGGAAAUAACAGGCACUGUUUUUAUAGAUCUAAGUAAAGCAUUUGACUCUGUUGAUCAUGCCACUCUCUUAUAGAUAAACUUGAAAGGGUUAAUAUGUCAACCUCUGUCAUCAACUGGUUUAAGUCAUAUCUAAGUGAACAUAGUCAAUCUGUGAACAUUGAGGGCAACAUAUCUAAAGCCCUGCCACUUAACACCGGCGUACCACAGGGAUCAAAUUUAGGUACACUGUUAUUUAUUAUUUAUACAAGUGACCUACCGCUUUGUAUCCCUAGCGAGUGUAAUUUGUUCAUGUAUGCCGACGACUCCACAUUAACGUGUAGUUCUACCAGUGUUGAUGAAGUAAGAAACAACUUGAAUACAGCCCUAGCGAGAAUUUACGACUUACAAUAAACACCAGCAAAACCAAAUCCAUGCUUAUUGUAACUAAAAUAAAAGUCUGCAGUACUGACCUUAAUGUCAAUAUUGCUCGUAUUCCAGUUGUAAAGGUGAACUCUUGUAAGUGUCUAGGUGUUAUUAUUGAUGACACUUUAAGUUGGGGCCCACACGUUGAAUACGUGAAGAAAACAGUUUCCUCUAAACUAGGUAUGCUAAAUAGAAUCCGCGACUAUGUUCCCCAAAGCAGUCUGCACUCUCUUUUUGUCAGCUUAGUUUUGCCAUCUUUAGAUUAUUGUUGAACUGUAUGGUAAGGAAAGUACUGUACACAUCACACGACAAUAUUCUUAAUAAAUGUUUGAAAAGAGCCGCGCGAAUAAUCCUGAUGUGUGCAUUCUUAACUCCUUCAGCCGAUAUGUUUGCUAGUCUUAAUUGGAUGUCAUUUGCUGAAAGAGAAGAGUAUAAAAAGGCUAUUUGUAAAUUCUUGUUUACAAAUGUAUAAACAUAUUACUCCUUUGUAUAUAUGACAAAUAUGUUUACACCACUUAUUCAGAUUCGUGGAACGAGACAAUCCACUGAUAUGGCACUGAGGAUUCCUUUUGCAAAAAAAAAGGUGUUAUGCCUCAAGCUUUGCUGUAACUGGUACAAUCAUAUGGAAUAAUUUACAUGUGCAGUUGAGAACCAUGACUUCACUAGCCUCAUCCAAAUCUGAACUACGUAAAAUGUUCAGUCAGUAAUAAUAUUUCUGCAAAUAAUUGUUUGUGUAUUUGCCGCUGUCUUCUCUGAUUAUACAAUCUAGAUAUGUGCUGAUCUACGGAGUUAACAAACUUGGUUGCCAUAAUAAGAAGAGAUAAUAAGGAGCCAGAUGGGAAUUUCCCCGUGUUUUCUCCCAAAAAGGUUUUCGCCCCUCCCGUAAUCAGCGAAUAUAGUUACAGCAUUUUUUUCUUCUUUUUCUUGAUGUUACAAGAUUGAUCAAAAUUUGUCGUGUUCAGUGAAUCAACCUUACAGUAUAGCAUUCACACUGUACAUGUAGUUAUAAUAGAUUUAAAAUAUACUGUAUUUAUAAUAUUUGCUUAAA